AUCGGAACGACCGGUUCGAACCGCUUUAGAUGACCCCCGGUUCAGCCGGUUCGACGCUCGCCCCUCGAGCUUUCUUCAGGAGUAGAAAAACCCAAUCGCGGCGACGAUCUGCUUCGCGAGCCCUCCACCAAUCGUCUUCCUCGACCUCCGCUGAUCCCACGACCGCCGUCGUCGCCGAGAUGAUCUGGAUCUCUCUCUCGCGCCGCUGAUCUCAAUCGGUUCUCUCGAAACUGACGUCGGACGUUUGUGCGCGCGAGGCUCGUGGCGAUCAUGGCUCUGGUCGACGUCGCCAAAUGCUGCCUCGAUUCCCUCGGCGGAAUUUCGGAGCACAUAAAGGAUGCUACUCUUUACAUAGAUGGCGGCUGCACUGAAAGUUUCCAGUAUCUGGGAGCUUUCCCCUUGCUGCUCAGCCUCGGGGCGCGUGCUGUUUGUAGCUUGGAGCACAUGUCUCCCCUUGACAUGGUUGCUGAUUGGAACUCAAAAUUACACCCAGGGAGGGACGUUACUAUCAUGACAUCCCGUCUACUGAGUGACGCCCAUCGGUAUAUCCUACGUUGCCUGAGCUCACAUCAACUUGUUCGUCGUUGUACUGUAUUUACAUGUAUCUCAGAGAUAGCCCACUCAGCGUAUCCUGAUUCACCUCUAGGACCAGAUGCAUUCCGUGAAUAUGAAACUUUGCUCAUUCAGGAUUUUGAAGAGCUUGUUAAGAAGCGAGAGACAAAAGCCAGGCAGUCAAAAGAUGGAAACUCUCCUGAAGAUGUGGCAUUUGGAGAUGAAGGAUGGUCACGUUUCACUUCUAGUGAAGAAGACGUACCUAAUAAGGAGGUUUCUUCCACUGGAAGAGAUUCAUAUGAAGAUAAUCUUGCUGGUCAUAAAGAUGAUAUAGGGUCAAGAUUGGUUGUUUCUGUUCAUCACUUCCCGUGUAUUUUAUGUCCACUUUCACCCAGAGCCUUUGUCUUACCUUCUGAGGGAUCUGUGGCCGAAGCUUGCUUGCAACACGGGCAUGAAUAUUCCAUAAGUCAAGGGUUGCCUCCCUUGAGCACAGGGGUCCCUUUGGAUGGCGAUGACAUUCCUCCUGGAGCUAUUCUUACAGCGCAUUUUAUUUAUCAUUUGGCUGCUAAGAUGGACUUGAAAUUGGAAAUCUUUUCCUUUGGCGAUCUGUCAAAAUCAGUCGGGAAAGUUUUGACUGAUAUGUCAAGUCUUUACGAUGUUGGCCGCCGUAGGAGAUCUGCUGGACUAUUGCUUGUUGACCGCACCCUUGAUCUUCUCACUCCCUGUUGUCAUGGUGAUUCACUUGUUGAUCGAAUAAUUUCAUCCUUGCCACGUAGAGAAAGAUUGGUGCCUGCUGUGAACAUGAAAGGUUCACAGUCUCAACUCAAACAACGCACUGGCAACCUACAACGUGCUCCUCUUGAUGUUCAGAUAAGACUUGCAGACAUCGUAAGUGAAGAUGGAAAAGUUGAGAGCAUUCCGCUUCUGAAAAGGACCAAGGCUUUUCUGAGUGGGUGGAAUUCUGGUGGUUUGGCUUCUGAAAUGAGUAGUUCAGUUAUGCUGAAUUUCGACAAUCACAAUAUGGAGUCCAUUGGUCUGUCGUUGGAGCCACUUAAUGGCUCAUUGGUCUCCAUUGAAACUUUCCGCGGGACACCAUUUUUAGAGGCGUUACUGGACAGAAGAACUAAAGAUGGCACCGUAUUAAUGAAGAAAUGGCUCCAGGAAUCUCUACGUCGGGAAAAUGUCAAUACUAAUGUUAAAAUUCGACCUGGUUAUGCUACAAAGUCAGAAUUGCUUCCUAUGAUUAAGGCACUCAGCAAGAGUGAGUCAUCAUUAAUUCGGAACAAGGGGCUGAUUCAGUUAGCUGCAGCUACAAUAGUUUCUCUUGAUGAACAACAUUCUGCUAGAUGGGAUGCAUUCAUAAGUGCAGAAAGAAUGCUAAGUGUGAGUGCCGGGGACACCAGCCAGAGUCUCGCUGCUCAAAUUGGAGAUCUUAUCAAUAAGAGUGUUUUAGUGGGAUCUCUUAGAGGAAAGAAUGGGCAAACAGGGACGUCCAAUGGGCUUCUUUCUUUUUGUGACGCUUUGCUCCUUACUGUAGUAGGUUACAUAUUGGCUGGUGAGAAUUUUCCAACGUCUGGAUCUGGUGGCCCAUUUUCUUGGCAAGAGGAGCAUUCAUUGAAAGAAGCUCUUGUCGAGGCGAUUAUCGAAAACCCUGGCAUUGCUGAACUGAAGUUUCUUGAUGGUUUAACAGAAGAACUUGAUGCCAAUAGGAAAAAGAGUCAGUCAGACAAAACUAAAGAAAUGUCUGCUAAGGAAUCGUCAACAGAUGACUUUGACGAUGAUCAGUGGGAUAGCUGGGGGGAUGAAGACGUCGAGAACAGAGACCAUGCGUAUAGCGACAUGCAACUGAAGCUGGAACUGCAUGAUAGAGUUGAUAACCUUUUCAAAUUCCUCCACAAGUUAUCCAGCUCGAAAAGCAAAAGGAAUAUAUUGGGAGAAGGAAUGUCCACAUUGGACAGUAGCUUCAAUAGCGAUUCCAAAUUGAAUAAAGGCUUACUAUACAAGCUUUUGACAAGGUUACUGAACAAGUCCGAUAUACCUGGCUUGGAGUAUCAUUCCUCUACAGUUGGCCGGCUUUUCAAAAGUGGGUUUGGGAGAUUUGGCCUCGGACAGGCAAAGCCAAGCCUAUCUGAUCAAGACGUGAUAAUGGUUUUUGUCGUCGGGGGCAUCAAUGGUUUGGAGGUCCGAGAAGUCCAGGAGGCAGUUUCUGAAAGUGGCAGGCCUGAUGUGCAAUUGAUCCUGGGUGGAACAACUCUUCUAACUCCUGAUGACAUGGUCGAUCUACUAUUGGGACAGUCCAGUUACUCAUGAUUCUCGCAUCGAUAUUCGAUAGGUUAAUUCGUUUAGGUGAGUUAUAUAUGAAUCCAUCGGGCUGACACCUGUUCAAUUUUCGCCAGAAAGAUUCAUCUAGAUGGAGCUUGGACAGACAGUCAAGAUAGGAGGUUUGGUGAUUCAUGCCAUGUUGCGGAUCCAAAUGUGAAUUUUCAAUUUUCUUUUUCAUACAUGUGAGCCAAAAUUACGUUUUC